AUGAGGUACCUUCACUCUGAGGAGACGCUGCCAAUCCCUGAGAAUGUUACCAUUAACAUUCGGUCACGGAUUGUCACCGUCGAGGGACCCAGGGGCAAACUCACCAAGGACCUUUCCCACAUCUCCGUGAGCUUCGGUCGCCCUGACAAGAACACCAUCUCCAUCGAGUUGCACCACGGUGCCCGCAAGGGAAUUGCCACUCUCCGAACUGUCCGUACCCUCAUCAACAACUUGAUCAUCGGUGUCACCCGCGGUUUCUUGUACAAGAUGCGUUACGUCUAUGCUCACUUUCCCAUCAACGUGAACAUUGAGAAGAACGGCGAGACUGGUAACUAUGAGGUUGAGAUCCGAAACUUCCUUGGCGAGAAGAUCGUUCGCCGUAUCACUGCCCAGGCUGGUGUUGAGGUCAUCACCUCCCCCAACGUCAAGGAUGAACUCCAAUUGUCCGGAAACUCCCUCGAGGCUGUCUCCCAGAGCGCCGCCGACAUUCAGCAGAUCUGCAGAGUCCGCAACAAGGAUAUCCGAAAGUUCCUUGACGGUCUCUACGUGUCGGAGCGAACCAACAUCGUUGUCGAGUAA